AUGGAUCUGUAUAAAGGCUGCCAGGAGCUUCGGGCGGGCGCUUACGGGAUCGCGUCUCGUCUCGCCUCGCCGGGCUAUCCCGUCCGCCUCCCACUUCGCGUUACACGAGCGGGAGCGGGGACCGUCCAGCCCUUCCUCCUGGUGCGCAGGCUCGGCUUUCGGCGCAAGAUGGCGGCGGCGGCGGAUAAACAGAAACAUGAGCACGGGCGGGUGAAGAUCGGGCACUACAUCCUGGGGGACACGCUGGGCGUGGGCACCUUCGGCAAAGUCAAGGUUGGCAAACAUGAACUGACGGGGCACAAAGUUGCGGUGAAGAUCUUGAACAGACAGAAAAUUCGCAGUCUUGAUGUUGUGGGGAAAAUCCGCAGAGAGAUUCAGAAUCUGAAACUUUUUCGGCAUCCACACAUAAUUAAACUAUACCAGGUUAUCAGCACACCAUCUGACAUUUUCAUGGUGAUGGAAUAUGUUUCAGGAGGUGAACUGUUCGAUUAUAUCUGUAAAAAUGGAAAGCUUGAUGAAAAGGAGAGUAGACGCCUGUUCCAGCAAAUUCUUUCUGGAGUGGAUUAUUGUCAUAGGCACAUGGUGGUCCAUAGAGAUUUGAAGCCUGAAAAUGUACUGCUUGAUGCACACAUGAAUGCCAAGAUUGCUGAUUUUGGCCUCUCAAAUAUGAUGUCAGAUGGAGAAUUUUUAAGAACGAGCUGUGGUUCUCCUAACUAUGCUGCUCCAGAAGUAAUUUCAGGAAGGUUAUACGCAGGACCAGAAGUAGAUAUCUGGAGCAGUGGUGUUAUUCUCUAUGCUUUGUUAUGUGGAACCCUUCCCUUUGAUGAUGAUCAUGUGCCAACACUUUUUAAGAAGAUAUGCGAUGGUAUCUUUUAUACACCUCAGUACUUAAAUUCAGCAGUAAUUAGUCUUCUGAAACACAUGCUACAGGUGGAUCCUAUGAAGAGAGCGACAGUGAAAGAUAUAAGGGAACACGAAUGGUUUAAACAAGACCUCCCCAAGUACCUCUUUCCUGAAGAUCCUUCUUACAGUUCAACUAUGAUUGAUGAUGAAGCCUUAAAAGAAGUCUGUGAUAAGUUUGAAUGCACAGAGGAGGAAGUGCUAAGCUGCUUGUAUAAUCGCAAUCAUCAGGAUCCUUUAGCGGUCGCCUAUCACCUCAUUAUAGAUAACAGAAGAAUAAUGAAUGAAGCAAAGGACUUCUACUUAGCUACAAGCCCACCAGAUUCCUUCCUUGAUGACCAUUUUUCCCGACCUCACCCUGAAAGAGUGCCAUUUUUAGUCGCCGAAGUACCCCGGUCACGCCAUACACUUGAUGAGCUAAAUCCACAAAAGUCCAAACAUCAGGGGGUCAGAAGAGCUAAAUGGCAUUUGGGGAUUCGGAGUCAGAGUCGGCCAAAUGACAUAAUGGCUGAAGUUUGUCGAGCAAUCAGGCAGUUGGAUUAUGAGUGGAAGGUUGUAAAUCCAUAUUACUUGCGUGUUCGGAGAAAGAAUCCAGUAACAGGCACGUAUUCCAAAAUGAGCCUGCAAUUAUACCAGGUGGAUAGUAGGACUUAUCUACUGGACUUCCGUAGCAUUGAUGAUGAAAUUAUUGAAGGAAAAUCGGGGACUACCACUCCCCAGAGGUCAGGCUCUGUGACUAAUUAUAGAUCUGGUCAGAAGGAUUCGGACACUGAUGUUCAAGGAAAACCAUCUGACGCGUCUCUUACCUCUUCAGUGACCUCUUCACUUGACUCUUCUACAACUGAAGUGACCCCAAGAUCAGGGAGCCACACAAUAGAAUUUUUUGAGAUGUGUGCAAAUCUUAUUAAAAUACUUGCACAAUGAUUUAUAAGAUUGGCUUUUUUUUUACAGCAAUAAGCAUGCCGAAAAAGAAAAAAAAUCAUAGUGAAAUGCUUCCAAUUAUAAUCAAGUUACAGUUAACUUUGGCACUGAGAAGACUAGCCACAUUGCAAUUUGCACAGGAAUUGAACUUGCAUUUAGAAGCAGUCUACACCUCAUACUGCAUCCUUCCCAAACUAGACGUCCUCCAGAUGUGUUGGCCAUUCUGUCUGAAGAUUAGGGAGGGCACAUCUGGAGGCUUCCAGGUCAGGGAAGGCUAUCUUUAAUGAAGCAAAUUAUGAUUAGAUAGUCCACUGGUAUGAUGUGCAGGUACAAGAACAAUAUGUUUUUCAUUGUGUACCAUUAGGGCUUCAUGGAAUUUGACCUUUAUAUGCUGAUUAUUUAUUCCUUUUACAGUACAAGUGCUCACAAGAUCAAAAGGUGACUUUUGGAAACUGUCUUUGUAUUCUGUUCUGUCAACAGAAGUGUUUCCCCUGUCAAACAGCACUUCAAGCACCUGGCACUUACCCCAAGUUUUCAAUAGCCAGUGGUGCACUUGAGUGGAAAAGACAAAAAAUGGUACCCUCCUUUUACCAAUUCAGGCUUAGUCCUGAAAAUGAUAAUGCCAAAUAUAAUAAUGUUCAGUUUAAUUCAGUGAAGAAAAAGGCAGGGUCUAAAAAUAUGUAGCGUUGGUUUUCUCCAACCUCUGCUGCAUGUCACAAAUUUCAGAAGCACUUUGUAAAUGGCGAGGGGAGUGGUGUUUUAUUGUUCCAGCCUUGGAAGGCAAUCAGAAUUUAUAAUGCAUGUGCACAACCUCCUUCCAUGAAUCUAAGCAGAUGGACCUUAAAAGGAUUCAUGAGAGAUGAGGCUUUUUCCCCCACUACAGCACAACUGAUCUGUGAGAAUGUUAAAUGCUUGUCCAGACUGCAACUGUGCAGGUUUCCUGACCCAUGUUGGGAGCCAGGAAACAGUUUUUUGCAGCUAUGACAGGAUAUGGAUUCUGUGCCUGAAGCUAAACCCAGUGGUUCCGUGGCUGAUAGGAUAGCCCAGACUGGUGUACCCAGUUCUUGGAAUCAUGCCCUGCCCUGAGAUUUCAGUGGCUCCUGUUUUCAUACAGAUCUCUGGCAGAUAACUCUUCUAGUAAGAGUGAUUUGGAUUUUGCCUGUGUUGCAUAAUCACGUUUUUUACACUGCUUUUAUAUACUGAAUUAAGAUUUCUAAAAGUAUUGGAAGAUGAAGUAGCUUUGGUUUUGCUUUGAUAUGUAUAAAACGUAACUGGUUAGGUCAGAAAUGAGUCAGCUGCCACAAAUGCAGUUUGAUUCUGGUAGCUUAUUGAAAGUCUGCUGGAGAGAAUCUCCCCCUCUCCACCCCAGAAAUAUUGGGUUUUUUAUUAGAUAAACUUAAGCUACAGAAGGCAUCAGCUGAACUAAAUUAAAAUUAGAGAAUGAUGUUUAAAUGGAAAUACUGUAUCAUAUUUCAGGAAUUCUUUUUCAGUGCAGACAUAACCAUAAUUAGCACUGAUUUUUUUUGGCAUUCCAGUUAAUAUUCCAAAUGUAUAAGCCCUUGUUCAAAUGAGAUGAUAAACCAGAUUCUUGGAUAAUUGUGUUUCCUUUAUGAGUUGUACUUUGCUGUCCUGUCUGUUCCUCUUUGCUCCCACAACUGCUAUAACAAACCAAGAUGUUCUUUUUUUCCCCGUAAUUUUAUUGUCAGAACUAGGAAUUUUAUUUAUUUGCCCAAAUUAAAGGAGGGUUUAUCUUUCAGUUAUAAGUCGAGACCCUCAGUUCAUGUGACUUACUGGCUAAAUGGCUCCUAGUUUCUUUAUCAGUUGUGCUAAUGAGGUGGAAAAAAGAGGAAUUCUGGCAUAUCAUUUCUUGCCAACAAGCCCACAGUGAGGACAAUAAGGCAGCAGUCAGUUUUCAUCUUAAAAACUGAAAUUGCCCUAGCCGCGGAUUUUCUUGGUACAGAUGCAGCACUUUAGUCAUGGGCAAUGCAAAUGCACUGAGUGAAAAUUUCAAAAUCCAGGCAAAUCCUUAAUUUGGUAUGCAUAUGGUUAACAAAAACAAAGCCAUUAAUACGUGAUUAUGUAUUAAUGGGACAUAUGGUUAGGUUCAUAUAGCAUGCUAUGGCAUAAUAUCUUCUAUUUGGCUUAGCAUGUUGUGCAAACCCAGCUGUUACAGCAUAAAACUAUGCUAGUUGUAGCUUAUUUAACAGACCAUGAUUCAGCAGACAUGGCUUAUGAUAUGUAUACCCAGCCAACUGUGGCUUAGUCAACAAACCAUGGUUAAGCAAACAAUGAUAAAGCAGUGUGUGAGCCUUCUUAUAAGAUGUGCAGAUGCCAGAAAACAGAUCUUUUAAUCUCUCUUGCUUAAUGUGGUGCCUUUGGAAUGUUUUGCAGUAUGAUAUCAAUUAUCAUCAGCCUCUAACCUCAGUCCUAAGUAGGGAUAAUGAAAACUAGACCAGCCAUUAUCAGGGAGAUGCCACCAUCUUUUAUUUAGGGAGAAUGGCUUCACCUUCAUCAGCCAUUAUCAGGGAGAUGCCAUCAUCUUUUAUUUAGUGAGAAUGGCUUCAUCUUUUAUUUAGUGAGAAUCUGCAGCUGAGGUUCCCAACUGGAUUGUGCCAGCAAAGAAUUAAGAACCGCUGAGAAAGUGAUGCUGGGGUUUGAAUAUAACCAUGUGUAUCUAGUGAGGAAGUACCAGCAACUCAAGAUGCACCGAAGAAGACUGGUUCCGUCUGUAUAUGUGUGAAUUCAGGAGUGGCACUGUUCUGGUGUGUUAAUUAGAUAGAAGUUGGACUUCAACAUUUUGUGCUAUGGUCAGGGGACCUGUAAAUCUAUAGCCAUGGACUUUUGCCACACGCUGGCCUUUUAGAGGUGAACGCUUAAAGUGGUCUUAUGUUGCAGUUUCAUAUCUUAUUACUUCCCAGAACGUAAGCAGUGGUUUUAUAACUGAACUUGACUUGCAGUCAUGAACAUGUACUCCACAAGAGAGUUGUGUGUGGGAAGGAAAGGGGCGGGAGGUUAAAAGGAGCUAUUGCUGUGAUUCAGUAAGAGAAAAGGUUGUCUUGCGGACCAGGUAGCAGUCCUACUCUUAAUUUACUUGUUGUUUUAUUUACGACAAGUAAAUAGAAGUACUUGUUACAUCUUGCUCUGCUGCAUUUAUACAAUUACUGUGAUUUAUUUUUUACUUACGGUGUCUUAAUUUGGAAUUGUUAAUGCUGGACUUGGCAAAUGGCAUAAAUGCACAUUUUUUUUCUUCAUAGCUCAAAAUGUUUUUGGUAAGCCACAAUCUUAAAUUUGAACAAACACCCAACAAUAAGUGGCUGUAAGUGAUGUGUUUCUCUGUUUCAACAGAUUGUACAGCCUUACUCUGCCCUGCUUAUUUAUCUAAACGUAAGUCCCACCUGAAGUAAAAUUGCAUUGACUUCAGGGGUCCUUGUUUUUAAAUAUGUCUGCACAAGGACUGUAGCUGUGGUGUGUUUCCUGCUCAGAUCCAACUGAAAUGAACAGAAGAUAUCUGCUAGUCUCAUCGGCUUGAUUUUAUAUCCAGUGUCUGCAUCAAAAAAUGUCAUGUAUAAAACUUUUAAUUCUUAAAAAUUUUAAUGUAUAUAAGUUUUGUUGAGUUUUUGGGGGUGGGGUGUCAAGCUAUCAGGCCUUAACUUCAUCUUUGGAAUAUAAGGGCCAAAGUGCAUAGCAGAAAGAUACAGCUGCCUAUUCUUAAAUACACAACACUGUAAUUUUCUUUAAAAGCCAUUUAAAUGUCCCCUUUUUACUUUUUUUUGUUAACUUGGGCAGAAGGGUAUCUUGCGUGUAUUCAGGCAGAAAAAAUGAAUCAAUAAAUAAAUGUUUUGUAAUAAUUUUUAGACUUAGAGUAAAAUAUUGAUAUUGAAAUUACUUUUUUUCCCCCUUUUACUCAGGCCUUGUGUGGUUCUGUAGUGGAGGCUUAUUGCUGGCCCUUCUUAGUGAUACAGGAGGUCAGGGCACUUGACCACAAAAUAAGAGCUGCUUUGCAGAACUGACUGUGAUGGGAACUGUGAAGAAAAGGAAUUUGUUUUAAAAAUGAAAAAUAACAGAAGUGUACAGCUUAGCCAAGUAGCAUAUUCAAAUAUUAUUUCUUUGGGCUCCUUCCAGUGGAAAAGCCCUUCAGAUUAUCUGUUUUUAUUCCAAACACUUCAUAAUUGAUUGUCUGGGUGGGGAGGAAGUGGAAAACUUGUGCAAUGUAACUUAACACGGUAAAAAGUAAAAAUCCCAUCUUCGUAGUGCAAUCUUUCCAAAGGCUGACUUUUACAUGUUAUUUUUAAGUUUUCAAUCAGUAGAAGGUUUGAGAUAAUUUUGCCAAUUGAUUUUUACCAUUGUAUUGCUUAAGAAAUGGAAGAUCACCAUCUCUCAAAAACAGUAUGUGCCUACUUUUAUUGCAUUCUCUCUCUCUCUCUCUCUGUUUUGUUGGGGGGGGGCAAUAUUGAAUGAAAUUGCUUGUGAUAGCUGUAUAUGACCUGUUACUUUUAACAAACAUUAAACUGUAUGCAAGUAAAUCUACUUAAAAUUUCA